UGACCCACCAUGUUUGACGUUUAACAAUAAUAACAAAAACAUUUAUCAUUAUUAUAACGGCUUAAUUAUUUGCGCUGUUGCAUUAGGAAAUUGAAAUACAAAACUGAAAAAUUUAUAAAACAAACCUAUAUUUUAUUACACAGUUGCAAGUGUUAAAUUCGUUGGCUGCUUGAAAAAUGAGCCGCAAAGAAGCACUUUCCUCGUUCAUUCAGCAAAUCCAUGGUCGUCCUGUAGUUGUAAAAUUAAACAGUGGUGUUGACUACAGAGGUGUUUUAGCAUGUCUUGAUGGAUACAUGAACAUAGCUCUAGAACAUACAGAAGAAUAUGUUAAUGGACAGUUAAAGAAUAAAUAUGGUGAUGCUUUUAUUAGAGGAAAUAAUGUAUUAUAUAUAAGCACUUCAAAAAGGAGAAUUUAAGAUAUUGUAAUACAGAAUUAUAUUAAUAAAAA